UGCGGCGCGGGGCUGCCCGUUGCCCUCCCCCCUCCUCUCACCCCGCUCGCCGCCGCCAUGAGCGCGCCCGCCGCCGCCCCCAGCCUGCUGCCCCUGCUCGAGACCCUGGAGGACCCGUCCGCGCCGCCGGGGGACCUCACCGACGCGCACCUCACAGUCGUCAAUCGCUUGACUGGUGGGGAGGGCAAAGAAUUCACUGCAGAAGUUAGAAGACACUUUUCUCGACUUUGCAAAGUGUUGAAGGCACACAUUUCUAGUCAAAACUUGGAGCUAAGUAAUGCAGCAUUACAGGUCUUAGGAUUUUGUGUUUUUAAUUCGAAGAUUACAUCUGAAUUAUCUGCAACGGAAAUACAAGAGUUGCUUUCAACAGUGAACGGCAUUGCUGUAAAAACUUCAGACAAAAACACUCGCACUCGAGCACUUUGGGUAAUCUCCAAGCAGACAUUUCCUUCUGAAAUUGUUGGAAAGGAGGUGUCCAGCAUCAUUUCUACUCUGGAAACGAUACUUACUAAAGGAGAUGUACAUUCUAUGGUUGUUGAAUAUGAAGCACUGAAUGUUGUUAUACGCUUAAUGGAGCAGGCGCCAGCCCAAAUGGGAGAAGAGGCUGUGAGGUGGGCAAAAUUAAUUAUUCCUCUGGUCGUGCAUUCAGCUCAUAAGGUGCAGUUACGAGGUGCCACUGCAUUGGAGAUGGGCAUGCCACUGCUGCUUCAGAAACAGCAGGAGGUAGCAGCUGUCACUGAACACCUAAUGACCACAAAAUUAAUUUCAGAACUUCAAAAAUUGUUCUCUACAAAAAAUGAGACUUAUGUGUUGAAAUUAUGGCCACUAUUUGUGAAACUGCUUGGCAAGACUCUGCAUCGUAGUGGAAGUUUUAUUAACUCAUUGCUGCAGCUGGAGGAACUUGGAUUUCGUAGUGGCUCACCAGUGGUAAAGAAAAUAGCCUUCAUUGCAUGGAAGAGUCUAAUAGAUAAUUUUGCUCUAAAUCCAGAUAUCUUGUGCAGUGCUAAAAGGCUGAAAUUGCUAAUGCAGCCACUGAGCUCUAUCCAUGUGAGAACAGAGGCUUUGGCACUGACAAAACUGGAGGUCUGGUGGUAUUUACUUAUGAGACUGGGACCGCAGCUGCCUGCCAACUUUGAACAGGUUUGUGUACCAUUAAUCCAAAGUACUCUAAGUCUAGAUUCUUAUGCUGUGUUGCAAGGAACACCUUCACGUGGACCAGCCAACCAGAGUUUAGCCUCAGCAAACUCUACACAGAAAUCAGGUCCUUAUCCAUUUGGAAGUCCAGUCACACCAAGGAUGAACUUGAAUUCUAGUACAGCAGGAAUGGUGGCAAUUCCUUCCAUUCAACUUUUGGGAAUCGAAAUGCUGCUUCACUUCUUGAGGGGCCCAGAAGUUUUGAAUUUUGCUAAGCAAAAUAAGCUGGUACUCAGUUUAGAGCCUCUUCAGUACCCGCUGAUCAGUAGCCCUUCUUUUUUUUGUAAGCAUGCCAGCAUACUUAUAAAUGCAGUUCAGGAUGGCUUCAUUGCAAUUGGAAAAGAGGUUCCUGAUUCUAUGCUCAGUAUUAUAUGGAAGGACAUUAAUGGAUAUGUAAAAACAGCUAUUGAAUCAGGAAAUAAGAAAGAAAAGCAAGGGUCCGAGGUACUGACUAUGUUGCUCCAGGCCUUAAAAAACACUGUUAGAUCAAAUUCUCUUCCUAUGCAGAAAAUACUGUCCCUCAUUGACAUUACUGUUAAGGAGUUGCCCCCCAAAGUAUUGGGAUCACCAGCUUAUCAGAUUGCUGACAUGGAUCUCUUAAAUGGAACACCAGCUUUGUUCUUAAUUCAGCUGCCUUUCCAUAAUAACCUCUUGGAACAGUGUGUAACAGAUGAGAGAUUCUUCAUAAUCCUGGAAACUCUUGUGGGUUAUGUUUUAUCUGGUCCUACAUCUCCACUGGCUUUCAGUGAAUCUGUGUUCUGCAUUAUUAAUCAGAGUGCAAAUCAGGUGGAAAACAAGGAGCAUCUUUGGAGAAUGUGGAGUAUUGUUGUUAAUCCGCUAACUGAAUGGAUUAAUCGGACUAAUGAAGUAAAUCAGGGUGAUGCGCUGGAACACAACUUUAAUGCUGUUUAUAGUGCAUUGUUGCUACCUGUAUUCCAUAUCUUUCCAGUUCAGGAAUUUCCACAGCCAACUAUGAAAACCUUGUUUCGCACUUGGUCAGACCUGUAUAGAGCAUUUGCUCGCUGUGCUGCUUUAGUUGCAACAGCAGAAGAAAACCUAUGCUGUGAAGAACUUUGUGCAAAAAUAAUGUCUGGGCUAGAAGGUGAAACUCCAGUAAUCCUUUCAGUGGUGGAUGGUCUCAUCCAUAUUAUAUCAGUUAUGGUGGACUGCAUCAACUUUGCACCGUAUUGUAUUAAAUAUCAACCAAAAAGUAGAUCUCCACAGACGCCUACGGAUUGGUCUAAGAAGAAAAAGGAACCCCUUGGAAAGCUUGCAUCUCUAUUCAAACUCCUGGUGAUGUUAAUAAACUCUUUCCAUGUGUUCAGUUCCAAAGAAAUCUGUUCAGAAACACUGGUCUCUGUUGGUCCUUCAAUUAUUGCUAUUCUUCACAAUAUCAUCAGCCACGUUUCAUUGCCUUCAGUGAUUGGGACUAUGUUUGCAAUUUUUUCAAAACCUCUGGCAAUAUUUUAUGAAAAAGCGAAGCUUGCUGAUGUACCUAGAGUGUACAGUAAUCUUAACAACAAGCUUGAAAAAUUACUGGCCGAGAUUAUCCUGUGUUUACAGUCUCACUGCACUGGUUCUUACGAUAGUGAACUGUUAGAGCAGCUUUCUCCACUGCUGUGUGUCGUAUUUCAGCAUAAGAGCAAACAGAUACGCAACCAGUGUGCCCACUUCUGGAAUGCAACGUUUGCUAAGACUACAUCAUUAACCUAUCCUGAAGAAUUGAAAGCUGUGUUAAGUCAAGCUAAACAGAAAAUUCCACUCCUACUGCCUGGAUUCGAAAGCAUUGAGAUAGUAGAAGAAUACAGUGGCCCAUUUUCUGAUGCGAUGGAAAAUUCACAGUGGGAUGCAAAGAUAAGUGGAAUGGAAGUAAAGUCAGGUCGAAAACGAGAUUCUUUGUUGGCCCAGACAAGUGAAGCAAAAAGUGAAGUAAAAGACAAGACUAAUAAUGUUCAAGUAACAUCUGCAAAGCUGAAACUAGAAUUUUCAUCUUUGAAGACUAAAAAUGAGAUAGUUUUGGAAGAAGAGAAAUCUGCUGAUUUUGUUUUUAUUCCUCCAGAAACAAAAGCAAGAAUAUUGACAGAACAUCAGAAAGAAGUGCUUAGGUCAAAGAGAACUGAUAUUCCUGCAAUGUACAACAAUUUGGAUACUUCACAAGACACUACCUUAUUUUCUCAGUAUACUCAGAGCCAGGAAGAGUCUUUGGAAAAGUUGUCUUUAAUAAAAAAUACAAAGGAAGAUACUGAAAAGAAACCUCAGGAAGAAAAAGCAAAAAGUGAAGACUACAUUAACAAACGAGAUGAAAUCAUGGAGGACUGCAAAUCGGAUAAUCCUCUUGAGAAUGCUGUCUGUGUGGAAAAUAAAUCCCUCACUCAGAGAGAGGAGCGCUCACUUUUUGAAGUUAAGCUAGAGUCAAAAAAGAAUACAGUUGACAUGACUCUGAAGGAGCCAUCACUUGGAGAGGAAUUAGAAAAAAGUAAUAUAGAAACAGCUUUAAAGGAGCCCUUAGUAGGAAGCGAAAAUACUUCAAACAUCAGUAGUAGUUCAAGUGACGUGAUUUCUGGAACACCACAGCCUGCAAGCCGACGGCAAUCUUUCAUUACAUUAGAAAAAUUUGAUAGUUCAGAGAACAGACCCUUUAGUGUGUCAGUGUUAAACAGUUUAUCGGAAGUAUCUGAAAAUGCUUCUAUGCCAGAUAAACAAGAAAAUACAAAUAUACCCAAGACUGGUGCUAAAGUAGAAAAAUCAGGUGAUGAGAAUAAAAAUUCUUCAAAACCUGAAUCUGAAGAAAUAGUUACUGCAAUACGAAGGCUAACUCGCAGGCAGAGUAAAAUUGAGCAACAAGGAAAUAAGCAGCCCAAAUUGGUAACUAGGCCAGACAAAGAGAAAAGUACACAAGAGUCUCUUGUUUCCAGCAAUAUGGAAAGUAUUUCUGAAACAGUGGAAGAGACAGAACGUGUUCUGUUGGCUCAGUCUCAAGCUCUCCGUUCUACAGAGGCAGAAAUUAAGAGAGUUGAAGAUACAAUAGCUGAAAUAGAAAAGAACAGGGCACUAGAUACAGACUCUAAAGAAAAUAAACCCCCCGAGACCACUGUGUCAUCUGACCAUGUAACAAGUGAUGAUAAUCAGGUUCCGCAUCCUGUGUCUCCUAAUCCGAAAACACUCAGACGUUCUUCAAGACGACGGUCAGAACCUACAGAAAAUACAACAGGUAGUCAAGAUAAGGAAAACAGCAACCAAAAGAAAGAGAAGCGUAAAGAAGAUGAAAAAUCUGCACAAAAGAAGGUGCCACAGAUUAAAGAUGAUGCAGCCCAAAAGCAGAAAGCAGUUUCUGGGAAAACUACAGAAAACGAUAAUAAAACAGAAAACAAUCUACCUGAGAGAACUGCUGCAGAAGACUUUGGUUCGCAGGAGUCUCAUGCUUCAAGGGGUCUUGAUGAGGUAGGGAACAAAAGUGCUAGGAGGCCAGAAGAUAGCUUAAAGGCUGAUACAGAAGGUCAAGACUGUAGUUCAGAUACAGUAGGUCAGAAGAAAGUAAAUGAACGCCCACGGUAUCACACAAGAAGAGCUUCACAAGGAUUGCUCUCCAGCAUAGAAAACUCGGAGUCUGAUAGCUCUGAGACCAAGGAAGAAAACACAAGGAAGAAAAAAUCUGUAAAAAUGAAAAAUAAAAAUGAUUCUCUUGAGGUUAAAUUAAAAGAACAGCUACCAGAAAGCGAUAGCCAUGAGGUAUCAUCUCAAGAAACGGAAACUAAGAAUCUAUUGGAAAUAAAUAAAGGUGAACUAAGCUGCGAAGUCAGCGCAGAUACUGUACUGGCAUCUGAACCUUGCGAACUGAAAAACCAAGUAAUUCAUACAGACGUUAGUGAAGCCGUGGGACCUGCCAACUCAGAGGCUUCACCUGGUGCGCAGAACCCAGAUGUGGAACAAAACAAAACCAAUCUGACUGAAUCUUCCAUCAACCCAUGCCUAUCUGAGCAAAUUUUGAAAGCAGAAGAGGAAGGUAAAUCUGUUGAGAAGCGAAAAAACAUAGAAGAUGCUAGCUCAAGUGUUCUGUCUGAAUCUGCAGCAGGAGCAAAUGCUUCAGGUAAUGUUCUUUCCUCUUCACAAAUACUUGAGUGUCGGCACAAGAGAAGCAAAAGGAUGAGAAGACUAAGGAGCUGUGAUUGCUGUGGUGGAAAGACAAAGCAGCAGUUGAAGUCAUUCACCGAAACAAAAAAUGAGAAUAAUCAUGAACUGAAUGAGCUCCAAACAACCCCAUCCCAGGCAGCAGCAAAUACAUCAGAGAUGUCUGAUUCUAAUUUUGAAGAGAGUUUGUCCAUAGCACCAUGUGCUAUGAGCACCCCACUGCCUCUUUCCAAGGAAUCUGGUGCCCUUCUCUCAGAGAGAGAAUCCAAAGACAGUUUGCAGAGAAAUCCUGUUGUAGUGGAGGAAGAUCUAGAGAACGCAGCAUGCACCGUAGGUGAAACAAGUGACUCUGUGGUGGAAGCAAAAGAGCCUGUUGAUCAGAAUGACAGAACUGAACAGCAUCUACCUGAGUGUGCCUCACUGCAGGAGCCUGGCGACAGCUGUCUGCCUGCAGAGAACUACAGUGAACAACCAGCAGCUACAGAAAAGGAAGAAACAAGUCAAAAUGGACAACUGGAGGAGAUACCUGAGGUGCUGACUGUUGUUAGCCAACCUGAGCAAAGAGAGGUGAAUGAGCUAGAAGUUAAUCAGGAUGAUAAAGAUGAAAUUAAUCUAGGAGAAACUUACAAUUUUCAAGAUAGGGAGAUGAAAGAAGAAUUGAUGGAAACUGAAAUUCUAGUGCCUGAAAAUGUAGCCUUAGAUAAAGAAGGUACAGAAGAAAAUAACAGUGCAAACUCGCCUCAAAAGCCAAAAGAUCACGAUUCUUUAGUUUUAGUUAAUGAAAGCCCUAAUGGUAUGCAGACACGCUGUAUGUGGUCUCCUUCAGCUUCUCCAUCCACUAGUAUUUUGAAGAGAGGUGUAAAAAGAAAUCAAGAUGAUGAUUCCUUGUCACCUGCUAAUAAGAUUCGUCGAGUCUCUUUUGCAAAUCCAAUUUAUCAAGAAGGACUGGCAGACGACAUAGAUAGGAGAAGUCCUGUCAUUAGAUCUCACUCUUCAAAUAGCUCACCAUCUUCACGAAGUCUUAAAAUCUUAUCUAAUGUUCAGGCUAAGCAUAUUACCACUCCAACCAAAGGAUUUCUGUCCCCAGGAUCUCGUAACCCUAAAUUUAAGAGCUCAAAGAAGUGUUUAAUCACUGAAAUGGCCAAAGAAUCACUGCCUUGCCCAACAGAAUGUGUGUAUCCUGCUUUAGUUGGCUGUAAAGCACCAGUUGAUAUAAUUUUACCUCAGAUUACAUCAAAUAUAUGUGCACGAGGUUUGGGGCAGCUCAUUCGAGCAAAGAAUAUUAAGACAGUGGGUGAUCUGAGUACUUUAACGGCAUCGGAAAUCAAAACUCUUCCUAUCCGUUCUCCUAAAGUUUCCAAUGUUAAAAAAGCUCUCAAAGGAUAUCACGAGCAACAGGUAAGAUCUCGAGGAUUUGAGGAAAUAGCAGCCCUUGAGGACACAGAAAAGCCAGUAAACAACAUAGAGGAUAAGUCUUUUUCUGUAGAUGAAGAAAAACUUGCAACAGAUCUGAUUGAGCCAGUUGUGUUGAAUGCAAUCGGCCAACCGGCAGCAGAUCUCCUGAGCCAGAUUGACGCGCUUGCUGCUCAGCUAACCUCUGAAGAUCUGCACAGCUAUUCAGGAAGCCAGCUUUUCGAGAUGCAGGAAAAGCUUGUUGGCAUGACAAACUGUAUCAUGAAAAACCUGCAGUCUCGUUGGAAAUCACCACCCCAUGAAAGUUCCGAGUAGUUGUUUAUAAUUUCGAAGCAAGGAGGACUUUGUUACAAUGAUUUUUCUGAAAACCUGCUUUUCAUAUUUGUGAAUUAUUCCAUAAACUGUGCAUUUGUACUAUAGAAGACUUUUUUUUUUAACUGUAUGAGCAAAACAUCAUGUGUGUUUUUUUUUUUUUUUUGUUUUGUGGGAUUGCUUAUUCCAUAUUAGAGGUAUUUGUAUCGUAUUGCUAUGCAUAUUUCUUUCAGGUAGUGAAAGAAAACUUGAUAAAGUGUGCAAUAGCAAAGACUGUGAAACCAAACCAACAGAGUAGUUAAAUUAUUUUUUUUCUUUUCAAAUCCUAAGUGUUCUUACUGCUGCAAACUCUUACUCAGUCUCAGCUCCACUGAUGUGCUCUCCAUUCUGUUUCCAUUUUAAGUGGCUGAAACUUUGACAGAUGAUGCAUCCCUUUUAGGCUGUAUUUUAUAUUGAGCUGAGCUACAUUUAAUUCCUUACAGUGGCAGCUGUCCAGGAACCUGGUAUUUGACGGCUGGAUGGCACCUAUUUUUAUAUGCAGUUUUUGUAAGAGUCACACUAAAACUGGUAAUAGAGUAGACCCUUGCAGGCACAAGAUAUUGCAAAACCUCUCAGGCUCUUUCCCAUGUUGUAACAGUUUUGUUUGCAGCAGUGUUCUCCUUUUGUGGAGAAGACUUUUUCCUAUGGGGAAAACGAAUGGAUGUGAUAUGAGUUCUUUGUAUAAUAUGUACAGAACCACAAUUGCAAAUGUUGGUUAAUAAUUUAUGAUAUUGAAUUUCAAUUGCAUGGAAUGCAUUGCUGCUUCUUGGUCACCUUCAGAGAGUUCUUGGGUUUUAUUUGGGAAAACUGAUUUGUAUAUAUUGUACUGUAGCUAUCAAAAUGGACACUUACUGAAAGGAAUUGCUGCAGGUGUUUUUAGAACUUACACAUGCAAAUAAAAGAGCAACUAGUUCCCUAA